AUGACAAACAACGACAACAGUGACUCGGAAGUUGACCUGAGCGAAUACACAUUUGACCUCAACAAACUUCCCGGUGAGCUAGUUAGUAUUGGAAAGGAGGAUAGUGAAAAGAAACACAAGAUACAGGAGGAUGGCAACAAUCCUUCGUCUGAUAUCGAGGGUCCUGAGGACUUUACGCUAAACAUGGUCGAGCUUCUGAAGAACGCUGACCUGGAGGACACGCAAAGAACCCAGGUGCAGGUUAAAGGAGAAGGAAGCAAAGUCAAGGCAGAUGCCAGUAGGGAAGAUCAAAAAGAAGCAGUGGAUGAACAAAAUGAUGGGAAUGAUCCGGAGGGACCAACGAGAGCCACAGGAUUACCGGACUAUACCCACCUCGAGCACACUAUGGAAACUUCCACACCUGCACACUUUCUCUGGAGAGACGUAAACGAAUCUUUACAAAACACAUCGAUAUCAAAGCAUCAGCCUACCCCAUCUAGAAACAUCAACGAAACAGGCGAUGUAAAGGAAACCUCGGUUAUUUAUACCCCGGCUCGAAAAUCAGCUCCGGCGACUCCCACAGGAGACCUGUCCAGGAUGGACGAUACGAUAAACAGCCAGCAGGGAGACCAGACAUUGUGUGCUGCUCAGCAGAUCUGUCAACUCGAAUUGGAUCUCGAAGCUAAAACGAGACGCAUCCGAGAGAUGGAAGCGAAGCUGACGGAAGAAACCUCUUUGCACAAGGAGAUAGAUGAACUGAAACAACAGCUGCAGAGGCGCGACGAAAUGAAUAAGCUGACGGAUGCGGAACUUAAUGAAUUACGAAAAACCAAGUCAGAGUUGGAACAAGCGCGAAAUGACGUUGCUAGCCUGACUUCAAAAGAGUCUACCCUUAGGGGUAACUUGAAAGACAAAACUAAACAAUUGAGAGAUGUGGAGAAGAAGCUGGAAGAAGCUCGUUCAGCUCAUAAGCGCCACUCCGAGGAAAUAAGUGCAGAAUUGAAGCAGACAAAACAAGACUGUGAAAAGAAGCUCGGCGGAGUGUACAGCCUGAAGUAUCAGUUAACAUCCGUCACCAGGGAACGGGACUCGAUCCAGAAGACCUCAGAGGAUCUGGAGAAGACUGUUCAAAACUUGAAGGCGCAGUUGGAAUCGACAGAGUCUCAAAAAGCCGAAGAAGCCGCAGAGAGUUUGGCAAGGCUAAGGGAAAUUCAGAAAUUUGCAGGAGAGCUGGCCCUCCCUGCGUUGGGAAAACCUUUCUUUGAAAUCGUUGCUCUUUUGAGAGAACAUGUGAAAAAUCUGAGUGAGAAGUCUUUAGAAGAGCAGAAACAGCGCUCGAAAGAAUCUGAAGAUGCACAGAAGGAAUUGCAAAAACUACUCAAGAAGGCCAAUGGCGCGGCACGUCUCGAAGCUCGAAAGGCCGAACUCUAUCGUGACCGUCUCACCGAGACUUCUUCCAAAAUUGAGUCUGUUAAGAACGAAAACACCGAGCUACUCGAGAGGAUCGCUGUUCUCACCUGCGAUAAUGCAAAGCUCAAAAAGAGGGCAACUGAGACUACCCAGGAGCAUGAUCAAGCGCUCGGAGCUUUGCAGAAACUUCGAGCAGAGGCCGAAGAGUCACACAAGUCACAGAUAGCAAAGCUCAAAUCAUCCCACUCUGAGCAGCUAGCCAAAUAUCGAAACAACACUCAGGGCCCUAGCAGUGAACUCCAGGCCCGUUUGGCUGCCUCUAAGAACAGGGAAAGUGUCCUUACGGCAGAGCUCAAGGCAGAACAGGCAGCCAAAGAGAAGCUCGAGAAAGACAUGGCGCGUAUGGAAGCCGAAAUAGCACAUCACCAUAUGACACAGAAGAGACUCGAAGCUAUCAUCAAGGCUAAUACUUCUGCUGCGAAGAAAAUCGACGGCAAGAUUGUUGAAAUCAUGCGCGAGAGAGAAGACGUUUGGAAAUCCCGUGUUGACGAGCUCACCAGGGACAACGACAAAUUGGGCAGGGUAUUGAUGACUAUGUGGGGGAAGCAGGAAGUUGGAGACAACAUCGUAUCGAAGAGAAAUGAAAACGGGGAUAAACAGGGGUACAAGUAUAAAUAUGCCAGAAAGGUACAGGACAUUGAGAUUGGAGAGAUUUGGAAUACCCUUUUGGGAGAGCCGGCUAGCUGA